AUGAAUUAACAAAAGCCACCGUCAGCUUCAACAAAAAAAGUAGAUUAAUCUGUUUCAACGAUAACAAAAAAAUCAUCAUCAGCAUAAAGAAAAGAUUCAUCAUUUUAAUAAGCAGCUGUUAGAUAAGUAUUAGUGGGUGGAUAACCAGGAGUAAUAUAAAAUUUAAAUUUAAAAAGGAUGGUUUAUGGUGUUAUGCUUAAGAUUAACCAUCACCUAAUUUAGGUAGUAUUAAGGAGAUUAAUACGCAAAUGAAUUAAAAGUUUAAGCAAAUAGAAUCUAAUAUUGAAUCAGAAAUAGUUGAAAGUCUAAGAUAAUAAUGUCAUUAAUUAGGAAUUGAAUUAGAGAGCGUGAAUGUUUAAAAUUAAAAUUUAAGAAUUGAUAUAGCUUCAUAGAAUAACUAUAUAGACUAAUAAAAUAAAAAACUUGAAACAGCAAUGAAAGAAAUUGAAAAUUUAAGAAAUGUAAAAGCAUCUCUUUAAUCUUAAUGUGAUACAAUAAAAGAUUUAUAUAAUAAAACUAAAAGAGAAUUGGGUGGAAUCAAUUAAGAUUUAGAAUAAGAAAAGAUAGAGAAUUAAGAAAUGACUUAAUAGAUUGCUAAAUUAUAAUCAUUAUAUUAAUAAAUGUAAAAGGCAAACAAAGAAGAAGUUGAUAAUCUAAAACAAAAACUUGAAGAAUUAGAAGAAGAAAAUGAAGAAUAUAAAAGAAAAUUUUAAAUGAAGGGUGAAAUAGAUAAAAGAUUAGAUUAGGAAAGUAUGGAAUGAUUUUUAAUAGGAAUUAUCAAUUAAAAUUAAUAGAAAUAAAACUAAGUUUCUGAAAAUGAAAGAAAAUUAGAGAAAAUGGCUAAAAUUUUAGAAGAAAAUGCCACUUUAAGUGAAAGAUUAACAGAGAGUGAAACAUUAAGAAGAAGGUUUAUGGAAAAGAAUAAUUAAUUUGAAAAAGAAAUUAAAAUUGUAAACUAUCAUAAUUUAUUAUAUUUUUAAAGCUUGUUGAAAGUAAAUUAGAAGUAGAAAAGUAAAUGGUAGCACUUAAAAAAAGAGUUAAUGAUUUAUAAGUAAUGAAAUCGACCAAUCAAAAAAUAUUAGAAGAUAAAAUCAAUAAAUUAUAAGAAUAAUGCACAUCAUAAUAAUAAUCAAUUGAAAAAUUAACUCAAUAAUUAAAAAGAAACUAAAAAUAAUAAAUUAAUCAUUAAGAGGAGGAAACCUCAGAUUAUGAAGAUGUUGAAUCCAAACCAUAACUCUUUGGAGCUUGA